CGUUGCUCUCCGCACGGCCCACACGACGUCACCGCUGCCGCCGUUGUCGUCCGCGUCUCUGUGUGUGCCCGUUUGCGCGCGCGUCCUUGUGUGUGUGAGUGUCAGCAACUAGCCGCCACUGUGAACCGCGCGCAGCAGUCACACACCGCUUCAGUACGCGGUCCGCCGUCUGUUGUGUUCGGCCGCACGUCGUUACAACGCGUCGUCGUUACCGCCGCCUACGCCGCCGCCGCCGCCGCUUGUUUUUCCGUUGUCACGCAUUAUUUUUCCACAGUGCGUUUCCUCCUCCGUCUUCUCAAAGAAAAACAAUAAUAUUAUCGUCGGUACUCGCGUCCGUCAUUGUGUAUUUAAUUCGUUAUUUAUAUACCAUACGACAGUUAUUACUGUGCGGUAUUCGAAGAAAAUACAAUUUUUGAAUGUAAAGUUAAUUUGUUACGUUAAAAAAAAAAUUGUUCGUGUUUCGGUCAAAAGUGUGUUUUACUCCGACGCCGUGUCACUUGUUGUAUUAAUACCUAAGCCCGCCUAUCCACGCUAAUGCAAAUCGUCCGACAUCGACCACCCUCGCUAAUGUCGCGAAACGGUUAAUAGAUAAAAUAAUAAUUAGGUCCAAUUUUGAGUUUUCGCCAGUGAUAUUCCAUUCGAAUUCCGCGCGCGUGUUCUGAUUUCGACUGUUUGAUGGUUAUACACGGAGCCGCCACGGGAAUCGCUCCAGCCGACAUUCAUCGGACCACUGAAUCGUUAUUCAAUACCGGUAAUGGCAGAGUGAUCGGCGCCCCGCUACGCAUGCGCCGUCCAGAAGACCAAUCGCCGAGCGCUGCUAGUGCCGGACUCAUGAUGGAGGUGUGGGCUUCAGUAGCAUCGUGGUUCCUGCGGCCUGAGAUGGCCGGAGCCAGCGUGCCGCCGAUCGUCCCUCAACCACCCCCCAUGCCAAUCCGACCUUCCCGGACGUCUACUGAUCCCCCGCAAAUGGCUAUGCCUCCAACCAUAUGCACCGCCAUCAGAUGUACGGUACCGGGAUGCGUGUGCGAUUGUUUUACGCCCGGCAAACUUCACAUACGAUUCUGCGACGCAUGCGGUCAUGGAUGGGUCCCACACGCUCUCGACAAGCUGGGAUUCGGUGGAGCUUCCUUGGGAAACGGCGCUGUGGAGCCUAUCCAACCAAACGUAGCUUUCGACAUCGCCAGUCUAGUACUAUACGGCUGUCAAGCACUACCGAUAAGACUCAAGAUCUUGUUAGACCGAUUGUUCAGCGUUCUCCGUCAAGACGAAGUGUCAGCCGUGCUCAGAGGGUUCGGUUGGACGCAUGAAGACUAUGCCAGGGGUUAUAUACUUCAGGAACCACUCGGUGGUGGAAUUUUGGAACGUUGGAACAUAUGUAGCCCAGAAGAAGAGCCGCUUGUGCUGCAACAGUUUUUGAGAUUCGGAGAAACCCGAGCAGUUACACAACAAUUGCUGUUGCACGGCUUAGGAGCUGAUUUUCGGGCUUUACCCGCCUUGGAGACUGACAUGAAACGGCUAAUGGAACGUCAGAAACAGCAAUUGAACAAUGACCAUAAGUCCGGAUUUGACAUCAAUAAAUUCCGGACACGGACACCACCUCCGCAAUCAAUACCGUUGUUGCCGCUACCACUGCCUCAACUUACACCACGACUUCAACUAGGCAGUUCCCCGCCUUCACCACCAAAACCAGUGUUUGGGUUCGCCAAGCCACCAGGUGGACUUCCUAUGUUACAGCCACCGCCAGUUGGUAAUAAUGCUUGUAAUGGAGCAGGUUCGCCACCGGCCGGUAGUCCUACCAGCAGUGUAUCGCCACUCAACAAGUUACAAAACAUGCAGCCGUUUGACUUUCGAAAGAUGCAGUCAGCUGCAUCUGGGUUUGGUGGUGGCAAGCCAUUGCAAGUCCCAUCGGGCCGACGGUCAAAUAACUCAUCAACUGACUUACUGCCGCCACCUCCACGCCCAAGCCAGCAGCAACAGCAACAACAACAGCAACAACAGCAGCAACAACAGCAGCAGCAGCAGCAACAACAAAACGACUUCAACAACAAGUACGGUCCACCCGACAGCUUAGCCGGCAGUAGUGAUUUCGGUUCCGAUGAUGGUGAUGAAGAAGAAGAAAACUCACAGAGCGCGUUGAACCUCAGCAAAGACAGUGCUCCAAAAGCGUUACGCCCGCACCGGGGUCACGUUCGCAAGACUCCACAGCCGUUAAAAAGACAGUGGGGAUCGGCUGGGUUGCCGUUGAAUUUAGGUACUCAACUCAUUAACCCAGCAACAGGAAAAAAACGCGUGCAAUGCAACGUUUGCCUGAAGACGUUUUGUGAUAAAGGGGCACUGAAAAUUCACUUUUCUGCCGUCCAUUUGCGUGAGAUGCACAAAUGCACCGUAGAAGGGUGUAACAUGAUGUUUAGUUCUAGACGUUCUCGAAACCGGCAUAGUGCCAACCCUAAUCCUAAACUUCACUCGCCACACUUACGUCGAAAAAUCUCACCACAUGAUGGGCGUAGCUCACAAGCCCACCACCCGAUGGUUAUAACUCCAUUACAGGCUUCUGCUAUGAAUCAACUAGCGUUUGGAGCGUUUCCGUUAUUGACUGGUGGCACUGACUUGAGAGCUACUGGAUCUAAACACAGUUCCGCGUCAGGCCUACACCUGGCCGAAGAACUACGUCGCUCGGCAGAAUUUUCAUCGGACAACAUGGACGAGUACAUGGACGAUGAGGAAGACGGCAUCGUUGUGGAUGGUAACGCAGUGGACGAUGAUGAAGAUGACUCAGAGCACCGAAGCGAUCGGAGCUGCAAGCGAAUGUCGGAAGAUUCUGAAGACGACGGUGGUAGCACUGCCGCCGAACCACAAAACAACCAUCACCAUCUCAACAACAAUAACAACAUAAAUAAUGACAAUAACAACGAUCGACCACCAAUAGUAGCUAUUAAGAAUGUGCACAAGCGGAAGAGCAUGAACCCGACGAGGUUUGCAGCUGCAGCUGACCUCAGCGAUGAAGGAAUGUCCUGUGCGGACGAUUACGGUUCGGUCGCGUCACCCAAAGAUAACAACAACGAAGUAGCUCCCGCCGUCUGCAAAUCGGAACCCAAUUUAACUGACGAAGAUGACGGUUGCUUAAACCUUAGCAGGAAACGGUUGUCACCCAGUCCCGUAACUGUGGGUGGCGGUGGUGACGGUGACGGAAGUGGUAGACAGUCUGCGGCGGAAGGAGUAGGAGGUGGUUCGAGAGACUCGUUACUGUCCGAAGAAGAUGACGGGCUGCUAGAAGAAGACGAUGACUUGGAUGACGACGUGGACGAUGACUUGGACUUGGACGACGACUUGGAUGAGGAUGCGGACGACUUGGACGAGUGCGACUCUGAGAGUGACGGUAAUCAUCGCGUAUAUGGCGUGUUUGAGAACGGCCGGUUCGUGGCCACAGACGACGUGCCUGUGGACAAAGACAACCCGUGUGCCUGCAUGGCGUGUGGCAAGACGUUUCCUAACCAGUUCGGUGUCAAGUCCCAUUACCAGCGCGUGCACCUGAAACUAAUGCAUAAGUGCAUAGUGGACGGCUGCAACGCGACGUUCCCGUCCAAGCGGAGUCGGGACCGACACAGUUCCAACCUAAAUCUGCACCGGAAACUGUUGUCUACGUCAUCGCCGUCGUCAUCAACGACGGAACCACCUCGGCAACAGUCUCAUCACCGUCAGUCAUCAUUGCUGCAGUCAUCGCAGCAAUCGGUCCAGAAGCAACUCCAACAGCCUUCGGCCUCGCUGCCACCACCCACACCGUCGUCGCAGCAACAUCCGCACCAGACCCAUCCAGUGCCCGCGCCUGUAGCCAGCAGUGCCGCCACCACCGCAGCCAACAUCAUGGCGGCUGCCGCUGACAACCCAUAUGGAAUGCAUGCCGAGUUCCUGGCUCGCUUGUAUGCCGAUUCGCAGCAACAGUUCCAGGCGUUCGCAGGUGGCAAUGGACUGAUGCAGGUUCCACCGCAGUUCGCCAGCGGCACGUCAGUCGGCUCACCGUUUAGGCACUUACCCGCAGCCGCAGCGGCUAUGGCUAUGGCGGCUGCGUCCGCGGCCAAUGGAUGUGGCAACGUGACAUCACCGCCGUCCGCCGCCCGGCUGGUGUACUCGGCCGACGAGGACCUGCCAGCCACACCCGACAAGGAGAAUGGCAGCAUGUACGCGUGCCGGUUCUGCAGCAAAUCGUUCCCAGACAAGAACGGCAUGCGUGAGCAUUACGAACAGCUGCACAUGCACGAAAUGCACCGAUGUAAGAUGCCCGGGUGCGGUAUGGUGUUCAGCUCUCGAACCAGGCGGAACGCUCACGCGGAGAACAGCCAUCAGCAGCAGCCGGCCUUGUCGGCAGGCGCGCAGGCCGCCACGUCGUGACCUCGACCCGUGCCUCACCACCAGCGAUUUCCCGUGCCGCCGCCCUGGUGGUGGUAGAUGCCGCACGAACGUGGUAUAAACUACAUAAUAUUAUUAUAAUAUCAUAUCGGUUGAUGUGGUAUGAUACGUUUUCAUUACGAUACUCUUAUUAUCAGUCCCCACCUAUCGCUCGUCUUCCCCUUUCACUCACCAUCUACUACUAUAUAUGUUAUUCUCGAUCACCUGUUGUAAAGUGUUUAAGAAUUUAAUUGUUAAGUCCCCGCAGCAAUCUUUUUACUUUUGUUCUGGUGCUCAAGUCAAACGUUUAACCUCAUCAUCGUCGUUUGUGUGUACAAUAAAAUAAUUAAUUAACAAUAUGCGUCUUAUACUACUCGUGUAUGUGAUUCGACUUACGAUUAUAUAACGUAUUCCCAUCACCCUCAACCCCUACAGUUUUACGAAGCGAAUUUUUAUUAUAUAAACUUUAUUAUAACUAUUACAUAUACGUAUACGAUGUAUGAAAAUAUGUGAUUCAUUUUUGUUAAUAUAUAUUUAUUAUAAUAUUUACUAUUAUUAUUAUUAUUAUUAC